UUGGGGCGCGAGUUGCCAGGACUGGCGGCUGCGGCUGCGUGGUGCUCGGCUUCAGGGGCCUGCGGGCGGCGGCGGACGGGGCGGCGCAGCCUGCGCAGGUGCACUAAGGCUGAAGCACUAUGAGCUUUCAGAAGUUCUGGAGAGACUACAAAGUUCUGAUUGUUAUGAUACCUCUAGUUGGGCUCAUACAUUUGGGGUGGCACAGGAUCAAAAGCAGCCCUGUCUUCCAAAUUCCUAAUAAGGAUGACCUUCCUGAGCCAGACAGUCUGGCACCCACAAGUCCUGAGAAGAACCACAUCCCAGAGAAAUAGCAGACUUGAGAGCUUCAG